UGUCGUCGCUUCGCUGGUUCGAUCCAGCAUCGCCACAUGCAUCAUCGCCCGGGAAGCAGCCCGUUGAGGAGCGACGAAGCGCAUCGAUGACUUUGGAAAAGGUGCCGGGGGGUAAGGCGGCGAUUGGGGCUAAUAUUGAUGCUAUGGUGGCGGCAACAAUGGAGGCUGAGAUGGCGGGAGGAGGCCAGCCAACUCGUCAGAGCAAGGUUGCUCCACCUCCGCCGGCCGAGGUGAGAUCCGCAAGGUCCACGGAAGCAUCGAAAGGGAAUAAUAAAAUCGAUGAAGAUGCCCCAGCGGAUUCCACCAGGUCGAGAUCCUUCACCCUGCAGGAAGCCGGUCAGUCGAUGGACCACGCCCUGAAGGCUAAGCAGAAGCUGAUACAAGCCCAUCUAAUUGAUCAUGAGAAGAAGUUGGUGGACCAGCAGGAACAGCUGAAAAAAGUCCGACAAAAGCUGGAUCGGCUGGAACAAGAUCAGGCUGCUGAGAUUGCCCAGAUGCAGAAGAGUGUGGACCAUCUUAGUCGGGAGUUGGCUAUCCGGGAGAAGGAGGCGACUCAGAAGAAGGCUAUAAUGGAGGAGGCCAAUAAGGAUUACUUGGCAGCGGCUGAGUCCCUCGAUGCAUGUAAGAGGGAGAAGACUGAGACUGAGAGGGUCCUUAUGGAGCUCCUCCUCAAGGCAGGAGAGUCUCGAGAUAAGGUCAUGAACGAAAUGCUGCACAGCUUGGACACCUUAUAGAAUCUUGCAUUUCCUCAACGGCGUUCCUCCUGUCCGACUGUUCCAUUUUGAA